UUUUUGUACUUGGCGUUUCGGGUUUUUUUUUUGAGAAGGAAAUGCAUUCGAAGAAGUGCAAUGGCGCCGUUAUAAGGAAUUUGGUUUUGGUGGAGGACCAUUAAGUAAAAGCUAUGGCGGAAGACAACUGCAUAUUCUGCAAAAUAUCCAGCGGCCAGGAGCCUACAAGUGUUUUGGAAAUGGAAACCGAUGAGUUUGUCAUCUUUAAGGACAUCAAACCCGCUUCCCAGCACCAUUAUUUGGCUGUAACCAAAGAACACUACACCAGCCUGAAGGCUCUGGACAAGUCCCACGAUCCCUUGGUUGCACGGAUGGAGAGCGGCCUAAAGGAGUUCCUCACGGGCAAGGGAAUCUCUGUCCAGGAUGCGCUCUUUGGGUUCCAUCUGCCACCGUUCAUCACGGUAAAACACCUUCACAUGCAUGCCAUUGCCCCACAAUCGGAAAUGGGCUUCCUAUCACGGUUAAUCUUCAGACCCUCCGUUUGGUUCAAAACCGCCGACGAUGCGCGGGUCUACCUCUCCCAAGUAGAGAGCUUACAAUAAAUUGGGCUUAAAAUAAAAGCAUAAUUUGCAAAUAUGUACAUAUGUACGUACAUACAUAUGUACUUCAGUACCCGCGCGUUAUUGAACUAUUAAA